AUGUUUCUUGAAGGAGAGCGGAUUAUGAGUGCCUUCGGGCAGCAGCCGUCGCCGCAGCAGUUGAGCCCGGUGGCCAACCCGAGCGCGCAGGACGUGUUGGAUAUGGCCGCCUACUGCGACAACCUGAGUGCCUACCACCAUCACCACCAGCAUCAACAACAGCAGAGCGCACACCACCCGUCACCCAGAUCUUCCGUGCAUGCUCCGGCCUACGGCCUGGCCGAGUACGCAGCUCCUGGUGCAAACCCGUACUUGUGGCUAAACGGGCCGGGCAUCGGCACCGCCUCCUCUCCGUACCUUCCCGGAGGUGCGAACGGGGCCUCCACCUACAUGCAGCCUGGUUAUGGAUCGAGCCAACGGCAGUUCCUGGCACCUCCAACCGGUUUCCACGGGACCGACCUCGGAUGGCUGUCUGUCCCUGGACAACAGGACCUCUUCAAGAUGGUUCGACCUCCAUACUCGUACUCCGCCCUGAUUGCCAUGGCUAUCCAGAACGCACAGGGCAAGAAACUCACACUCAGCCAGAUCUACCAGUAUGUCUCAGACAACUUCCCGUUUUACAAAAAGAGCAAAGCAGGCUGGCAGAACUCCAUCAGGCACAACCUGUCGCUUAAUGACUGCUUUAAGAAGGUCGCACGGGAUGAGGACGAUCCCGGCAAGGGCAACUACUGGACUCUGGACCCGAACUGCGAGAAAAUGUUUGACAAUGGGAACUUCAGGAGGAAGAGGAAGAGACGAGUGGAUGUGGUGAAAACCGAGGACACGAGCGCGCUCAAACUGGCGGAAACGGCGAGCCUGGUGGGGGCCGUACAGAGGUCCCCGAGCCCGAGUGAGCCCAAACCCUCACCAGAACCCAGCCCGUGUUUCAACACGUUCAUUAGCACCAUGAACUCGGUGAUGGGAGGAAGUGGGGACGGGAUGCGGGCGCGGGACGCCGGCGCGCUGCUGGCGGAUUUAAAGCGGGGUCGGGAGGGUGUGUCGCCCUACUGCCCCGGAGACACAGCGCCUCCGGCUGACCCGGGACACAUGAACCACAGACUGAGCUACUACACCCCCGGCCUCGGCAACCACUUCAGCGUGAACAAUUUAAUCUACAACCGCGACGGAACCGAGGUUUAG